GGGAAAACUCCGAAAAGAACACUGGAGGAUAUUUUAGCCAACUGGAUACGCUUUUGCACAGUAAAUUUGAACUUACUUUUUGAAUUUACAUGAUUUGGUCAUAGGAAACCCAAACAGGUUAAGAAUGCAGUUCAUGCUCCUGUUCAGUCGACAGGGGAAACUGAGACUGCAGAAAUGGUACGUCCCGCUGUCGGACAAAGAGAAGAAGAAGGUCACCCGUGAGCUGAUCCAGACGGUUCUGGCCCGCAAACCCAAGAUGUGCAGCGUUCUGGAGUGGAGGGACCUGAAGAUCAUCUACAAGAGAUACGCCAGCUUGUAUUUCUGCUGUGCCAUCGAAGCGCAGGACAAUGAACUCAUUACUCUGGAGAUCAUCCACAGAUACGUGGAGCUGCUGGAUAAGUACUUUGGCAGUCAGGUGUGCGAGCUGGAUAUUAUCUUUAACUUCGAGAAGGCGUACUUCAUCCUGGACGAGUUUCUGCUCGGCGGCGAGGCGCAGGAAACCUCAAAGAAGAACGUCCUGAAGGCCAUCGAGCAGGCCGACCUGCUGCAAGAGCCUCGACACGAGUACUUUAAUGUGCCCGUGUACUGAACGACUGCUGCCACUACCCUGCUCAACAAGUGGAGCUCCGCCCUUCCUGUCAGCAGAGCCCCGCCCUUCCUGUGAGCAAAGCCCCGCCCCCUUCCUGUGAGCAGAGCCCCGCCCUCUGGCCCCACCCUUCCUGUGAGCAGAGCCCCGCCCCCUUCCUGUGAGCAGAGCCCCACCCUCUCGCUCCACCCAUCAUGUAUGUAAAGCCUAUCCCCUCAUCCUAUCGCAUGUGGCCUCUCUGGUUUCGACACACCGCCCACUCACCUGUCUGCUUGGCCUUCGGUGAUGGGCUCCAUCUGCACUGUGAUUUCAUUAUGUUUUACAUUGUUAUUCAAUAUAGGUUUGUAUUAUAGCACAUGCAAAUGGGCAAUGGGGUGUUGGAGGUUGUGUUUUUAUGUGCAAAACUGUGAAAAUGCUAAAAUUAUUUCACAGAAAAUGUCUUGAUAUACACUUGAGGUCCACAAUUGUUCAAGUAUAACGGCAUACAUAGUCACUCAAUUUUAGAGGACCAAAAGUAAUUGGACAGUUGGCUCUUCAGCUGCUUCUGAUUAGACUGGUGUAUUCAAUAUCUUCCUUGGUACAGGUAUAAGGAAGCUUUCAGUAUCUGGUCCUGAUUCUAGGCUUUUCAUUGCCUUUGGAGUCUGUUAUUGCCGUUUGUCAGCAUGAGUUCUACUGAUGGAAGUCAGUCAGAAUUAGAAACGAUAGACGACAUUGCUCAGGAGGUAAGAGCAGUCAUCUGGCAGUCGGAGGGUUGCCAGUUCGAUCCUGCCCUGGGUGUCCUUGAGCAAGAUGCUCAACC